AUGGAUCAACUAAGGGACGAUCUUAUUCAGAUGAGGACUCAGGUUACUGCUCAGAUGGCUCAGUUCAUGGAAGUCAUGCAAGGCAUGGCUGAUCGCCAAGAAGAACUCAGAAUUAGAAUGGAUGCAGUUGCUCAGACUGCAGUGAACCCUCCACAGAGGAAUCCCGCUGGUAUUCAUAUCAACGAUGAACCUGUGAACGGAGGGCUUGGUGUGAUUCCUCCUGCUACCAAUCAAGGUAAUCCUCAUGGGCCUCCUCAGCCCAUUCCUGAAGAACGAGCCACGCAACAAAUCAGAAGGGCUGCUGCCAUCCCCGUGUUGGAAGAAGAUCGACAUGAGGAUCUGUUUCCUGAAAGUGAGCUAGGAUUUCCACAUGAUGCUGGAAGGAUGUUCAGAGGACUGGAGGAAAGGAUGAGGGCCAUGGAAGGCCAAGGACUUGGAAUGGACAUUAAUGACUUGGGUUUGGUUCCUGGUGUUCGCGUGCCGCCAAAAUUCAAAGUGCCAGAUUUUGAGAAGUACAAGGGGAAUACUUGUCCCAAGACCCAUGUCCGAGCUUACUACCGCAAGAUGCAUGUCUAUUCUGAGGAUGAGGGGCUGUUGAUGCAUUUCUUCCAAGAUAGCCUGACUGGGGCAUCUUUGGAAUGGUAUAUGAGGCUGGAAAGAGCUAGUAUUCGAAGCUGGAGAGACUUGGUUGAUGCCUUCAUAAAGCAGUAUCAAUAUAAUGUUGAUAUGGCACCCAAUCGCACUCAAUUGCAGAAUCUGUCUCAGAAAGCUAAUGAGUCCUUCAAAGAAUACGCGCAAAAAUGGCGCGAAUUGGCAGCCAGAGUUCAACCACCUAUGUUGGAGAGAGAAAUGAUGGACCUGUUCACCAAUACUUUGGAAGGUCAAUACUAUUCUGCUUGUUCUGCAUCCUCGAGUUUCGCCGAGUUGGUCAUGAUUGGUGAGAGAAUUGAAAGUGGAAUCAAGGCUGGUAGAAUUCAAAAUCCAAGCGCUGCUAGUUCCUCCUCUGGGGUUGUUGGAAAGAAACCUUAUAACGGGUUUGCCAAGAAAAAAGAGGGUGAGACGAGCGCUGCUUAUUAUGGUAAAGGCAAAAGCCAGACUCAUCAACAAGUGGCCGCCAUGACUAUACCGAAUGUUCCAUUUCAGCAACAUCAACAACGAGGGUAUACUCCGCACCAGUAUCAACCAAAGGCACCUGAGAGAGCUUUUGACCCGAUCCCGAUGACAUAUGCGCAAGUAUUGCCAUACCUCCUUGACCUGAAGUUGGUACAAUUGAGAACCCUAGCCACUCCUGCUAAGUUGCCUCCUAAUUGGGAUGCUAAUGCAAGGUGUGAAUUCCACUCUGGAGCACCUGGGCAUAACAUUGAAAACUGCAAAGCAUUGAAGUAUCAGGUUCAAAAUCUUCUCGACUCCAAGGCCAUCGAGUUCACUCCUACUCCAGGGCCUAAUGUUGUUCAAAAUCCCAUGCCCCCUCAUGGGUCUCAUGCUUCAAACGCCCUCGAUUGUGUUGAAGACACUCGUUUGGUUAAGGACGUGACUGAGCUAGGCUCUCUGUUGCCUUUACUGAAAGUAGAAUUACUGAGAAUGGGUCUGUAUGCUGGUUGUGGAGAAUUGUGUAAUGAUUGCAUGGCCACUUCCUCAGUUUGUGAUAAAGUGAAGAAUGGUAUUCAGCAGUUGAUAGAUAGUGGGUAUCUACAGUUUGAGCGCGUACGACGGCCUGAGGUAUUUGAGAAUGAAAUUAAUGUGGCAUCCAUCCCCUACACUCCUGCUAAGAUCCCAAUUCCUGCUAGAGCACCUCCUUUGGUUAUUACAUCACCUGGUCCCGUUCCGUAUACUAGUGAAAAGGCAAUCCCAUGGAACUACGGUGGAGAGGUUUUUUACCAAGGGGCCAAGUUUGAACUUAGAACACCAGUUGAGAAAGAAGACGUUGACAAUGUUGUGGGAGUUGGAAGAAUGACAAGAAGUGGACGUAUUUUCAAUCCUCCCCAGAAUACUCGCGAUGACAAUACGGAAGCUCUAGCUCAAGCAAAAGGGAAAAGAGUGGUAGAAGACACAGUGGAUCAGGGGCAAAGCUCUAAUUCUGAAGAUACUGUGGCCAAAGAGAUGGAAGAGUUCCUAAAGAUCAUCAAGAAAAGUGAGUACAAAGUGGUCGACCAGUUGAGUCAAACUCAAUCUAAGAUCUCGAUCUUACAGUUGCUCUUAUGCUGCGAGACACAUCGAAAUGCUUUAUUGAGACUCCUAAGCACUGCCUUCGUCCCUCCUGAGAUCUCAGUAAAUCAGCUUGAAGGGGUGGUGUCUAAUAUCAAUGCUGGGAACGGAUUGGGAUUCACUGAUGCAGAUUUGCCUUCUGAAGGUUGA